AUGCUUAAUGCCAUAGCAAACGGCGCGUACGACUCUGCUACGGGUGUGACUGAGCUACCUGUCACGAUCAACGCCGGAGCGCUCGGAACGUGCACACCACCAGAUAACGAGAUUGCCUACGCUCCAAUCGGUGUCGCCGACCACUUUGUUCGUCGCUUGAUUGUCGAGUGUCUCCUACAAGCUAUCAAGAAGCUGGACGGGAAGAAGAACAGACUGCUCUGCCUGAUGGAGGUCCUUCUUAGCAGGGCAGCUACAAACUUACACGAGAAGCACCCGAAUGUUGUGUACACGCAUGCGAUGUAG